UAAUGGAGGAUGAUGGAAUGAUAAUGUGGGUUUGCCGGCGACGGUUCAGGACGAAGAGCAAGUCAUAUGAUCUAUGUUUAAUAUGAAAUCAAAACAUCGUAGUCUACAGGACAACAAAUGUUCACUUUUAAGGAAACAAGAAAAUGACAUUGGUUUUGUUCUUAAACGGGAUACAAUCAACCGGUUGCGAAAAGUAAGAAAUGGAAAUCCAAUUGAAUUACCUCCCCCGUAUCCAAACGGUUGGUAUGGUAUCCUCGAAUCUUCCAAAUUAAGCGCAGGGGAGGCUACUUUUGUGUCAUGUUUGGGAGAAGAACUAGUCAUCUUUCGCACUCAAAAAAAUCAAGUUUUCAUUCUGGAUGCAUAUUGCCCUCAUUUAGGAGCCAAUUUGGGUAUUGGUGGAAGGGUUAUUGACGAUUGUGUUGUAUGUCCGUUUCAUCAAUGGAGUUUUCGAGGCUCAGACGGAACCUGCACAAAUAUUCCGUACAGCACUUCAGUUCCAAAAGGAUCAACUGUGAAAAAUUGGAGUUCGCAGGAAAUUAACGGCUUUAUAUUUAUUUGGUAUCAUACUGACCCAACAGAAAUUCCUUGGGAACUCCCUCUGUCUACGGAAGAGGUUAAAACAAAACAUUUUUACCAUGGACACAAUGAAUUUUACAUUCACUGUCAUAUUCAGGAAAUACCGGAAAACGGUUCUGAUAUUGCGCACUUUAAUGCUAUACAUAAAAAAAGUUUAAUUGAUGGCAUUUGGGCUACAAAAAAAUUUUCUUUUAACCGAUAUGGAUAUCAUCACUGGAAAGCAAG